UACUUAUGUCGUCUGCGUUUAGUUUAAAUACGCCCGUGCAUUAAAAAAAUAAUAAUCACAAUAGCCAGACAUCAUAGGAACUACCUAAACUGACCACAACAAACAAGUUGUCGUCGCGAUUUAACUAGCCUGGCGAGGACCACUCAGAAAUUAACCUUUGCAGUGUAUAGCCAGCUAGCUAGCGGCAUAGAUAGCGACUUCGGUAGCCAGCUAGAUAAUUACAGUGUUGUACAGCUAAAUGUAUCGUAAUAAACAGAGCUAAUCACCAAACCAUAAAGAUCAGGAUAAUGGAUGGCAAAAGAGACAAAGCCCAAGAAACCGAAGUUGCAAAAAUUACAGCCGAGCUGCUGAAGUCCCGAACGGGGGAGUUCGACCUGGAAUCAAUUUUGUUUCUCAAACUCAGAGGCCUUGGUAUAUAUGAUCUUGGCUGUGUGGGAGAGUGUAUGAAUCUGGAGAGAUUAGACCUUUCUGGGAACAACAUCACAAAUCUAACGCCUCUGUCCUCCCUGCGCCUUCUUAUCUCGCUCAAUCUGUCUGCUAAUAGGAUUACCAGUUUAGAAGCCAUUAGCAGCUGUUACAGCCUACAGAAUCUAAAUGUGGCUGGAAACCUUAUUAACAGUAUAGAAAACCUACAUUGUCUUCAGCCUAUGAGAAACAUGGAGAGUAUUCGCCUUAAUGACAACCUGUAUAACUACACCAACCCAGUUUGUAAGAACUCGGCAUAUAGAAACGUUCUCUUGGAAAUGUUCCCUAACAUCAAGGUGUUGGAUGGUGAAAGAGUGGUUGGACGAGGGAGCGAUUUAUACCAACUGUGCAAAGACAUUGAUGACACAAUAAAAGAAGGCAUGGCUAGAAAUGGACAGACAGUAGAAGUGCCUGAGUGCAAGCCUUGGGUUGAAGACGGAUAUUGGGACAUAAAGCGAUCAAAUAGCGCUAUCGUCGAUGAGGCCUAUAAACAGUUCAGUGACGUUCUCCAAGAGUGCAGGCUCCUGAACAGCAGGGCUGCCCAUGCCAUCGCCCAGACGGAGAGGGCUCUGACAGCCAAGAGUCAGCCGAAGCAGUACUCGGUGUGAAGCGUCAGGCGUCCGAGCCACGCCCAACCCCCCUCCCCUUUAUACCGCCAGUGUAAUGCUGUGCUCUGCAUCAGUGCUGGAAAGAAACCUUUUUUUUUUCUUUUCCUUCAAGGAAAUUUGUUUUGGUCUACCCUGUAUGCUUGAUAUCAUUGCUCGAGUCCUUAAACGUAUCCUGCCUUAUGCCCAGUGGUUCUGAGAAGAGCCAGAGUCGACUCUGCAGUGUUCGUUGGAGCUUCAAACCACCGUGGUUACAGAAUUGGGCCUUUUCCACCAUCUCAGGAUGCUGUUAAGGUGUUUGUUCACCUAGCGCACUACACGUAACACAACAGCUCGCGUUGCUUAAAGCUAUGCUGCUUUUUGGGGUUAGAAAUGGACUCGUUCUUUCAUUAUUUUGACUAUUUUUAUGUAUCAGCAUUAAGAAAGCUUUUCUGUAUUUCCAAAUAUGCACGUUGCACUGCUUGAUGGUGAUUUUUUGGAAAUAUUUUCCUGUUUGUAUUAUAUGCUUUACAAAAAAGCAAGGCACAUAUAACUAUUUCUUUGGUACCCAGAGAAGUCCUGAAUAGUAUUUUGCUUUUGAGUCAUUAACUUUUGACUCUCUACCUCAUUCCUUAUCGCUUAUAGAAAUCUUCUGAGUUUCCUUUGUGUGUAUAAAAAAUAAAGCUGGUUGCUGAGAAAGAAAAA